AGCUUGUCCGGGGCAGUCGCUCAGCCCCCUGUCCCCCUGCUGCCCGCCGCCUGGGCCCGGCCGAGGAUGCGGCGCAGCGCCUCGGCGGCCAGGCUCGUUCCCCUGCAUCCUGCUUGCUAACUUCCCUGGUUUCGUCCCUGUCCGCCAGCGGGACCGCCCCGUCUCCCUGCGGUCUCCGGGUCGGGUUCUCCAGGCGCGCCGGGUGCUGCCUCCCUGUGCCCCCUGCUGCCAGCCCACGCGCCCGCACCCUCCGCCCGCGCCCCGCGCCCGCGCCCCGUCCUCGCCCGGUCAUGCUGCCCCUCUGCCUCGUGGCCGCGCUGCUGCUGGCCGCCGGGCCCGGGCCGAGCCUGGGCGACGAAGCCAUCCACUGCCCGCCCUGCUCCGAGGAGAAGCUGGCGCGCUGCCGCCCCCCCGUGGGCUGCGAGGAGCUGGUGCGGGAGCCCGGCUGCGGCUGUUGCGCCACUUGCGCCCUGGGCAAGGGGAUGCCCUGCGGGGUGUACACCCCCCGCUGCGGCUCAGGUCUGCGCUGCUACCCGCCCCGGGGGGUGGAGAAGCCCCUGCAUACGCUGAUGCAUGGGCAAGGCGUGUGCAUGGACCUGGCGGAGAUCGAGGCCAUCCAGGAAAGCCUGCAGCCCUCUGACAAGGAUGAGGGUGACCACCCCAACAACAGCUUCAGCCCUUGCAGUGCCCAUGACCGCAGGUGCCUGCAGAAGCACUUUGCCAAAAUUCGAGACCGGAGCACCAGUGGGGGCAAGAUGAAGGUCAUCGGGGUGCCCCGGGAGGAAGCCCGGCCUAUGCCCCAGGGCUCCUGCCAGAGCGAGCUGCACCGGGCCUUGGAGCGACUGGCUGCAUCACAGAGCCGCACUCACGAGGACCUCUACAUCAUUCCUAUCCCCAACUGCGACCGCAAUGGCAACUUCCACCCCAAGCAGUGCCACCCGGCCCUGGAUGGGCAGCGCGGCAAGUGCUGGUGUGUGGACCGGAAGACAGGAGUGAAGCUUGCGGGGGGCCUGGAGCCGAAAGGGGAGCUGGACUGCCACCAGUUGGCUGACAGCUUCCGAGAGUGAGCCCUACCAGUAGGCAGGGGGCUCAGUGCCUCCUGCUACCCCAUCCCCUGGAGGCUGCAGAGCUGACCUGGAGCCUGGGUCUGAGUCCUGGCUCUGCCUCUGGCCCAGAAGUUUCCCUCGGGGUGUUUGUUUGUGUGUGUGUGUGUGUAUGUGUGCGUUUAUGAGCAUGGGUGUGCCCUUGGGGUGAGCGGGAACCUAGGGUUGUCCUCUUUGGGCUUAGAUAGCCUGAGAGGUCUGAGAGUGGCAACGGGGAGCCCUGGUGUAUUUCCACAUUGAUCCUGGCUUCAUUCAUUCAUUCAUUCAUUCAGCCAUCUGAAAACGUUGAUUGACCACAUCCUGCACGCCAGCUCUAGUUUUCAGCACUGGGGGCUCUUAUUCUGACUUCCUCUGAUUUGGACAUGUGGGGCCACCUCCUAUAAGAUGAGUGCAAGCCUGUGGGAGAAGUCUCCCAUAAUCAGAGGAGGAAAGUAGACUUGUACCUUGACCAUUGUCCCUCCCCUCAAUCUAGUCAGAAAGUGGAGGCCAUAGGGAAGGUGUGGGGUAUAGCAGAUGGCUCAGUGGUCAAGAGACCUGACCCACUCCCAAAGCUAAGGCCUGCCAAACUCCCCCUCUCUUCCUCCCCAGGUCCCCCCAGAGGGAAGGAGCUGCAGAGACAAGCCUACCCCCGGGUGGGGUGUAGUGCCAUCUGCUUGUUGCCUGACAACUGAGACCCUGCUACGGGGGACGGAAGAGGGUCAGAGGAAGGCCUGUGGGACAGAGGGCUGGGGCUGUGCAGGUCACCUCUGAGCAGUCAGGAGGGGAGGAAAGAAUGUGUGAUCGGACCGCGUGUGCCUGAUGGAGAAAGGGACCGGCAUUGCUGCGGGGUGAGGGACUUGCCUGGGGUCCAGCUUCUAUCCAUGUGUGGUCAGAGCCAUGAAAUCACCAGGAAGACUCCAUCCUUCAGUGGCUUACAGCCUGUGACUCCGCCUCCCUCCCCACACCGCCUACCCCUACCCCUUCCUCCCCUACACUCCCCUACCCCUUGGGCAUUUUCCGGCUUCACUGGAUGGAAGGACACUUAGGGACCUAGCAGUUGGCCAUGAUGUCUUGUCUUGUCAUUUUUUUUUUUUAUAACAAAACAGAACAAAACAAAAAAUCCUAGAUAA